UGGGGGAAGUAUCUGUGUUUCAACCCGCAGGCCCUUUCCCCUCAGGGCAAAGGGCACCGAGAGGCAAGGGAGGAGGUCGGCGAGCGGGCUGGGGGUCAGGGGGUAGGGAGCAUCACCCAGGUCUCCUGGCUGCCAGUCUCCCAGAGUCCCCAGCUUUCCAGGUAGGGACGCCCCCUCCCACGCAGCGCGGCUCGCUCGGGUGGGAAGGAGGGGCUGGGCUCCGAGCGCCCGCCCCUCCAUCUAUCACAUGGCCGGAGAGCCACAAAAACAACAGCUUUGGCCAAGACGGUGACUUCAGGAAAGGGAACCCAGGGCUCUCGCAGCCAGCCCCCACCCCAUGGAGGAGAGUUUUCUUGAAUCCUUUGGGAGGCUGAGCCUCCAGCAGCAGCAGCAGAAACCUCGGCCGCCGGCCCCUCCACCCCCGCGUGGGACACCUCCGCGGCGCCCCAGCUUUAGGAAACACCUCUACCUCCUGCGAGGCCUCCCGGGCUCGGGGAAAACUACACUGGCCAGACAAUUGCAACACGACUUUCCCAGGGCCCUGAUUUUCAGCACGGAUGACUAUUUCUUCAGGGAAGACGGUGCCUAUGAGUUCAAUCCCGACUUCCUGGAGGAAGCGCAUGAGUGGAACCAGAAAAGAGCCAGAAAAGCAAUGAGGAAUGGCAUAUCCCCCAUUAUUAUUGAUAAUACCAACCUCCACGCCUGGGAAAUGAAGCCCUAUGCAGUCAUGGCACUUGAAAAUAACUAUGAAGUUAUAUUCCGAGAACCUGACACUCGCUGGAAAUUCAACGUUCAAGAGUUAGCAAGAAGAAACAUUCAUGGAGUCCCCAGAGAAAAAAUACACCGAAUGAAGGAACGGUAUGAACACGAUGUUACCUUUCACAGCGUGCUUCAUGCAGAAAAGCCCGGAAGAAUGAACAGAAACCAGGACAGGAAUAACGCCUCACCUUCCAACGGCGCACGAUACUGGAAUCCGUACGCUGAGUUUCCCAACCGGAGGGCUCAUGGGGGCUUCACAAAUGAGGGCUCCUUUAACAGAAGAGGUGGCUGUCACCAUGGAUAUUAGAGGCCUAACUUACAUGCAAUCGAAAUUUUCCUAAAUCAGUUUUUACUGCAAAUUUUGGUAUUUAUUCUUUGUUCGGUUUUCCUCAGAGCUCUAAUUCCAGUGUAAAUAGUCGGACCUGAAAGUUUUUGAGCAGAAGUCAUUAUACUCAUCUUCAACAAGCAUUUGUUACAGUGAUCCUAUAUGCAUGGUCUGAUGCUGGGAAUUCUGCUGACUUGAUUAAACAAAGUCCCUUUCCCUAGGGAGACCAGAAAUUGGAAACAGAAACCUGAGAACGGACCCAUGCACAUACGCAGUCAUCUAAGUUCGAUAUAGUACCACUUUCUCUGAAGUAAUCUACUUUUCCAGGAAAUUCAUCUUCAUCAGGAAAGUUGGAAAGGUGGGGGAGAAGUGGGAGGCAGGAAAAAUAUUAGUGCCAUUGCUACUUUGAUAAUCUAUGUAUCCCAAAAUGUGAGAUGUGUGGCUGUCAUGAUGAUACUGAUUUUCCCUUAAAACGCACAUGCCAGAGAGCAUACAUCUAAGGGAAUAUUGUCCUUCAAAGUAGAUACUUGGGGAAAUUAUUCCUUUAUUCUAGUGAUGUGUCAUUGUUAAAAAUAUUGGAUCCUUCUUUUAAAUUUUUUUUUUUAGAGACAGAGAGUGAGAGAGCAGGGGAGGGGCAGAGGAAGAGGGAGAGA